AUGUCAACAAAUCAACAUCAGCCUCAGCCUCCUUCAACAUCGGCCUCCGCUCCUAUUCCUUCACAUCCCAAAGCCCUUGAACACGAAAGCCAUCAGGGUCAGAGACUCGUUCGCGCUGAAGGAGGAGAGCCACAUAUCCCUGUCGAGAUAUCUCUAGAUAUGUCUGCCUUCAGACGCUGCCGUCGCGGCGGCUCCAGCGAAAAAGAAAACAUCGACUAUAAACGUAUUCCAAGGAACGAGAUUCCCGUGUCGCUGAGCUUCUUUUACGGCAAACCUUGCCUCAAUGCUCCUCAACUCGAACACGUCAAAUAUGACUCCAAAGCUGAUAAGGAUCUCUUCGAAAAGAAUGCGUUCAUACGUGAAAAGCCUAUUCAAAGUGAUAACCAGGAUCAGGAUCAGCGUGAGGAUUGCCUCUCCCAGCUCAAGGAGCUCGUUAGUCUCGCCGGCAGUUGCAAUGAUGAUAUUCUCAGCUCGUGGGCCGGCGAAUGUGUCAUUUGUGAUCAAGCUGUGGCUUUAGCUGCAAUCCAUCAUCCCCUUUGUUUUACCUUCGAUGGAUAUUCCAGCCUUGCGGACGGUCGUGAGAUGCAUGGAAUGAUGAUCUACAUUGCUAAGCUGGUGAAAGAGCUGGAUACCGAAGGAAAGAUCCAGAAUGCAGUUGGAAACACAUCUACGACCACGAACCCCCAUGUGCAUUUCCUAUCUGCGCCGGUGUGUACGAUAAGUCCCGGAUGCCGACUAAAAGCAGGACAAGAGCUGGCUCAGCUCGCUCAGUUCGCAAAGAAUCCCGGUGAUAUUGGAGAUGUAGAUGAAGGAGAGGCGCCUCCUUCCAAAGCAAGAGACUCGAAACGGAUGAGCAAGAGGGAAUCAGUCAUGGUUGACAAAUGGGAGGAUCUCGACACCACCUCAAAUUUCGAACCUGAAGGUAUCCUACCGAUUUCAAAGAUGGACGUGGCGAGCUCGCAGCCGGUCAAUUCCUUGAAUCGCGUGCCGUUGCGAGUCGUCGUCUUCUGUGGUAAACCGAUCAUCGACACCAAGGCGACUACAAGCCAUAACUUGCUCAGCAUUAUGGCCUUCACGUUGCGCUGGGAUUUUCAAGAAAAAUUGUCUAAAAAUCAUGAUGAUGGCAGCCAGUUCUACAACGGCCUCGGAGCGUUCCUCGAAACCCGGAUCCUGGGUGCAGCAGAGUUCCGUUGCUGUAUCUGUCCAGAUCGCAAGCUGGCGACAACCCUAGUCCAUCGCCCUAUCUCGUUUCGGCGGGAUAACACGGCUGGUGUUGGGGCACAAGAGACACGGAAACUCAUCCUUAAGCUGGUGCAGCUUGUUGGCAAUGGGUGUCGAUGGACUGCACCGGCAACAGAGGCAGUUCUGGGAUCAGACGGCACCUGGCAUGUCAAUCUCUUUGUAGUUCCGAUCUGUCGUCGCGACAACGUUGUAUGCGAGGAAGCCGCCCGCAUUGCCGCAAAACGAUUUCUGGACAACCAACUCGUCGGCAUCCCUGGAGGGACAACCGCUUUUAAACUCGCUUGGCCGGAGUUAGUCUUCGACACCAACUUAUCCGCCAUUUAUACCGUGAACAAUGCCGGCAAGCUUCCCAAGAUGGUCGUCCAGAAGAUCGGCUUGGGAGUCAUGAGUGACCCCAAGAUCGAAACCAAGGCGGCGAAAGAGACUAGGUGUGCUUUAGAGCGUUUGCGUUUGAGAGUCGAGAGCGAUUACAAUGCUCACCUCCAAAAGUCUCGCGAGAACAAGGAAAGGAUUGAAAAGGAGUCCCGGAAGAGAAAGUCGCGCGCCGACCUCCUCGAGGAGGAUUUAAUCUUUACCUACGCGAUCAAUCCGCUCCAACUUCCAUAUGAGCUAGCACCAAGUGAAGCUGUUUAUACCAACCAUGAGGAAGAGGUCAAUACAGAUGACGAAGACAAGGUUGAUGAAGAGACGCUGCCGAUCUUCGAGGCCAGCCGAUAUGAAGAGGAGGUCUUAGAGCCCCUUCUUUCCCCGUAUCUGUUUGAUUUGAGGGCGCAAGUUGGAGAAUUCGUAAAGGGACGAUAUGGGGACGACUUCCUUAUGAAAGCUGUGGAGCUAGAGACCUAA